AUGCCUUCCGUCGAGACACCCAGCAUCUCAAAGGCUGGCAUCACAACCUCUGCGACCGGCGAACGUCAUAUCCCAGCUUCCGUCCGUCCCGAUGGUACGCUGCGCAAGGAGAUCCGAGUCCGUCCCGGCUACCGUCCACCAGAGGAUGUAGAAGUGUAUAAGAACCGCACAGCCGAGGGCUUUCGCACCAGAGGCAAGGCUGGCAUUCCAGGCGCCGAGGGGUUGAAGAGCCAGGAAGACGUCCCCAAGGUCAGUCCUGCGGCGAAUAAAAACGCCAAAAGGAGAGAGGCUAGGAAGAAGGCGGCAGCAGCUGGAAUUGAAGGACAGGAGACUACGGCCGCAGGAGAGGUCAAAGAGAUGGCCAAGUCCGUCGAGCCAGCAAAGGCUGUAGACCCGGAAGCGGAGAAGGAGAAGGAAGCCAAGAAGCUCACAAAGAAGCUCAGGCAAGCCCGCGAGCUCAAGGAUAAGAAGGAGAAGGGCGAUAAGUUGCUGCCAGAGCAGUUUGAAAAAGUCAUCAAGAUUAAUGAGCUCAUUCGUCAGCUCGAGUCUCUUGGAUUCGAUGCCCAAGGAGAGAAGAAGGCCGAGACUUGA